AAAGGAGGCUGAUCCCUAAACACGCACAUGAUUUGGCUGCUUGCCUCAGGAGAUUGGAGAGUUCAAACCUGCCAGACCGAACGCAAAGUCCUGCAGACAACCACAAGUGUUAUCUAGAGACCAUUGCCCUCUGCAAGAUCUUCAGAGCAUGCGAUUCCGGUGACGUAGAGCUGCUCACUCCUAAAGUCCUCCUAAAGUGGGACUUUUUUCAGGUUGAGCAGUUCGAGCAACCCAAGAAUUACUGGAACCAUAGAGGUAGAAAGAACCAUAAGGAUCACCAAGUCCAGCCCUCAAAGCUUCUGAGUGACGGACACAUGAAAACAACAACAGAACUUGACCUUCUGACAUUUCCAACAAUAAGCUCAGAAAGACCAUCAAGAUAAAUCUGAAGGAGUUUCCCCAAGAAUUAAGUUUAGAUCAAUACCAUGGAUGGAAAAACAGCCUCACAGCAAGCAAAAGAAAAUCCGUUUGUCCUGGAUAAAACCUUUGGAUCACAUCCUACCAAGGUGACAUCUCUCUCUAUUUCCCAAUUAAAGAUAUUUCUUGGAGCACUGGCGUUUUCUUUUUUUGCCAAAGCUUUUUCAGGAAGCUACAUGAAGAGCAUGAUGACUCAAAUCGAGCGGAGAUUCGAGAUCUCAUCGUCUGUGGUUGGCUUGAUCGACGGAAGCUUUGAGAUAGGAAACUUAUUGGUAAUGGUUCUGGUGAGUUAUCUUGGACCACGAGUUCACCGCCCAAAGGUGAUUGCAACAGGUUGUCUAAUUAUGACCUUGGGAUCCUUUCUAUCGAUGAUACCACACUUCAUCAUGGGACGUUACAAUUACAAAAGUAUCACAGUUUCCUUGGCCAAUUCAUCUACAAGUGUUUCGCCUGUACGUCACUGUGGACCUCACAACUUCUUGGGACAUUUUCUGUUUUCAGGAUGUGAAAAAAUGGCUAGUUCCUAUUUGUGGGUCUUUGUGCUUGCUGGGAACCUGCUACGUGGAAUUGGGGAAGCCCCUAUUAUGCCUCUGGGAAUGUCUUACAUUGAUGAUUUUGCCACAGAAGAAAACUCUGCCUUUUACAUAGGAACUGUACGGUCUGUAGGGAUGUUUGGACCGUCUCUUGGCUUUCUGCUUGGAGCUUUUUGUGCCAAUUUGUGGGUUGACAUUGGAGCAGUAAACCCAGAUACACUGACCAUCAAUUCCAAAGACAUGCGUUGGGUCGGUGCUUGGUGGCUUGGGAUGUUGAUCUGUGGCGCCACCAGUUUCAUGUCCUCUCUUCCUUUCUGGUUCCUGCCUUACUCUUUGCCACAAGAAGGAGAACAAGUUGUUAAGAAGUCAACGGAAGUUUAUGUAAUCACUCAAGUCAACCAGAACAAAAUGGAAGCUCCCAGACGCCCAGGGCUAAAGGUUUCAGAAAUUGCAAAAGAUUUCUUUCCUACUUUGAAAAAGCUGUUUGGAAACCCCAUCUUCCUGAUCUAUUUGCUCCUUACAAUCCUCCAGUACAAUUCUCUGGUUGGCAUCAUAACCUUUGAAUCAAAGUUUAUGGAGCAGCAGUUCAACAUCUCUGUCUCAAGAGCCAUCUUUCUUAUUGGUGUGAUCGUCUUACCUAUCACCAUUGUGGGGAUGUUCCUGGGAGGUUUUAUCAUCAAGAAGUUCAAACUGCACAUCGCGGCCAUGGCAAAGUUUGCCUGUAUCACCUUCGUGACAGGCUUCCUGUUAAACCUGUUUUACUUUGGUGCCAGUUGCCAAGUGCUUCAAGUGGCUGGUUUGACCGUCAACUAUUCUGGCAUCGAAGAAGUGUCCUUUUCCAAAGAGAAGCCGUUAUCUGCCUGCAACUCUAACUGCGGCUGUGAAGCGACCCACUGGGACCCAGUUUGUGGAGACAACGGUAUCACCUACAUGAACCCAUGUUUAGCUGGCUGCAAAACAUCCGUGGGAAGUGGAAAGGAUUUGGUAUUUCAAAACUGCAGUUGUCUAGGAGUUUCAGGAGCUGGUAAUUUUUCUGCAGUUCUGGGUCAAUGUCCAAGGGAUAAUUGUACAAAAGAAUUCCCUUACUUUUUAGUGUUGUUGUCCAUAACUGCAUUUAUCUUAUCUUUGGGAGGAACGCCAACGUAUAUGCUUAUGUUUAGAUCGGUUUCACCAGAUUUGAAAUCUUUUGCGGUGGGCAUUGAAGCUUUAUGUGGAAGAGUCCUUGGAGGGCUUCCUGCACCGAUUUACUUUGGAGCUUUGAUUGACCAGACCUGCUUGAAAUGGGGUGUAAAAACCUGUGGUGGAUCUGGGGCUUGCAGGGUAUAUGAUACCAAAGCAUUCAGAAACGUCUACCUAGGGGUCGUUACUGCACUAAGAUUUGGAAGCUUCUUUCUUUAUAUCAUCCUUUGUACUUUAAUCAUAAAACGUUGCAGGCAAGGCAAUCAAAUGAUGAACGACAUUAAAACUGGAGAAGUAUCUGACAUUAAAUUGUCCAAUAUCAGUCCAAAGACAGAAGUGUCCUCUCACAAGGAGAUGCAAGUCACUGGAGAUACUCCUUUUUGAAAAUUAUCUUGGAUGCUCAUGCAGACAUGAGUGCAAAUGGCGGACUCAUUAUGAGCAAACUGUGGAACUCCUAACCGUACUAUUCCUUGAUCAAGCCAAACCUCUUGCCAGUCAUUGGGAUUAGAGAUUGACAUUAGCAUCGCUUCAGAAAGAAGAAUCUGGAACUCAGUCUAAGUUCAAAAUCCUGAGGAAGAUAUCUGAGAAGUUCCCAUUAAUGAUCCAACUGAGAUUGUGAUAUGGCUCCUGGGUGAAAUAUGGUGGUCCUGAAAAUUCAUAAAUAACAGGGCUUGUUAAAAUUGUGCAGUGCCAUGUCAAGUCUGGGACAAGGACGUGGAAGUUGGAAAAAGAAGGUGUGGUUUUGGAACACAAAAUGUGAACCCCAAGUUGCAUCGUAAUGAAACCAUGGAGGAGAUAAUUUUGUUGAUUUAAAACAACUUCUCCUCGUCCUUCUUCAGUGCUAAAUUUCCAAGAAACUCUUCCCUUCUGGAAAAUUUCCUUCCUUUCUGGUUUGGGAUCUCUGCACCAGGGGUGUCUAACCUUGGCAACUUUAAAACCUGUGGACUUCAACUCCAAAAAUUCUGGGAGUUGGAGUCCACAGGUUUUUAAGUUGCCAAGGUUGGACACCCUUGCUCUACCCAAAGUUUACACAAGUAAGGUUUAUUGGCUAAUUUAGUUCCUUGAAACAAUCACUGUGCAAAUUGCUGGCUAUUGCAGUGUGGAAAUGGCCAGUGUACAUGAUUAACAAGUUGUGAAGGUGCCACAAUAGCAGAUGACACUAAAAUCAUGUCUUUCUUUGGAGAGAUAAUGACUGCCACAUCCCAGCACACAAACGUGGUUAACUGACCUCUGGUUGCCCAAGUUAACUCAAUAUUCUAUGUUUGUUUAUUUGUUUGUUUGUUUGUUUGUUUUGUUUUGUUUGUUUGUUUGUUUUGUUUUGUUUGUUUGUUUUGUUUGAUUGUUUGUUUGUUUAACUGAACUGUAAGAUAAAUUUUCCAGAUUGGCCAGAUUCAUACUACAAAAUAAACAGUGGUGGGAUUCAAAUAA